AUGUGCGAGUCGUCUACAGCUGAGGAACCCGACUUGUUCAACGAUGUUGAAAUUUUAGAAAUAGGCGAUUUUCCGGAUAGCGAUGAAAACUACGUGUCCGUAGAGUUGCGCUCCGAUGAUGACGAUGACGACCGUAUCGUAGUAGAUUCGGGCGAUUUCUCGCCACCGAAAACGUUGCUACCAAGCGAUGAGUUUGAUUCGAUACGCGUUGACGCAUCAACGUAUGCCAUGCAUUCGAUACCACCGCACCAUCGCUUUCUGUCCGACCAUGAAUAUUUGGACGAGAGCACAAGCAGAAGCAUACGCACACCGGCGGCAGCAUUUGAAUCGUCUGUAAGUGAGCAGGUGGAGCAUACCAGUGAACGAUUUUCGAUAGAUUAUAUCGAAUCGCUGCAGAUGCAGGAUUUGUUCAACAAGGAUAAUGCAGCACAAGAGAACAAUACCGACAAUGCGCGGGCAGUGGAGGAAGAAUCAGAGUGUGUAAUACCGUACGAAGAUUUUGAAACUAAAAUUGAACUGGAAGAACCACAAAUUCAAGAGACAAUCGUCGAUACAGAUUACUUUGGGCAUGAACUGACGGGUGCGUCGGAAAGUCAGGAUUCGGUUUAUAGCAUAUUGCAGUCGUUGACUAGCUCGCAACAUAUGCAGGAUGAACCGAUGGAAAGUGUGAAUAGAUCACUGCAGGAUACGGAUCACUCGUACACGGUAAUAAACGUCAUGACACCGCAGCCCAGCGACGAGGAAGACCAGGAGCACGGUGGCGAUGGAAGUAGCAUUAGGAAAUUGGUAAAACUUUCCAACAAACUAGCGCGCGAACGUGAUGUUACCUCAACGGGUGGUAUACGAACGGUGGCCGAGAUUAAUGAGGUCGUGAGCACAAUGCUUAACCGAUCGAAAAACAAUCGCGGCACGCCGAUGCGACCUAAUCAAGGGCAAUGUAGUGCUUUCCAGGCGAACGAGAAUAACGGUGACAGCCCGGAUCGGUUGUCCGUGUUACUUUCGACCAACUGCUCCGAACGGUUGGAAGAUGAGGGUGUAGCAAUUCCGUCUUCCGGAUCAUCGAACGAACCAAUGCAGGAAGAUUUUGGAUCAGAUACGGAAUGUUGUAGUGCUAUAGAAAAUGGUGGUGGUGAGAGAUCCGCAAACGAGCUCGAUGAAUUACUAUCGAUAGGGAACAAAUUUUUCCAACAUUGCGAACAGUGGAUCGAGAAAACGAAAAGCGAACAAUCCUCAGAUGCGGAUUCAAAAGCAGCACAAUUGGCACAAUUGUUGCAAAAGAUCACCCGACAAUGUGAGCAGAUUCCGAUGGUCCGACAGCAGCGAUGCUCUUCGCCUUCGGACGCUAACAAGCGUAAGGCGGAAGCAGGUGUACAGACGGAACGCUCCAAACAUUCCAAGUACACGGAACGAACGCUUAACGAGCAGUCCAAACAAAAGCUGCUCGGUUCUUUGCGAAAUAGCAGCACCAGUACCAGCAGUGGCAGCAGCAAUACCAGCAGCAGCAGCAUCAGUGAAACAUCCAGCAGCGAUUCGAGUUCACCUUUGGCAAAAAGUUCGGAUUCCGAUCCUGACAACGACGGUGGUGAUAUUAUGAUGCAAGAGUUUGUAAAACGCAAAAAGCGGUUGCGAAAAAGUGCCAAAGAAAAGCGAAAAGCGUUCGGGGAGAAGGUUACGGAUGCUGCCGCUGGAAGAAGUAGUAGUAAUCCGCGGCGUGAUCAAAUCUACUCUGACAGUAGUUCACAAGAGGAAAAGAAUGGCGAUGAGAAUCUCGAGCUUGACAGUGUAUUGAGCGGUGUAGAUGAUAUCAUUACCGAUUGUCCGGACGUAGUGAUGGGGUUGCAAGACUACUUUGCGAAAGCAGAAGAAGGUGGAGGAGAAGAUGGGGAAGACAGGGAGGAGGAAGGGGGUUCGGAAAAAGUUUCUUCGGUCGAAGUACAACACCAACAGCAGAGGAGCAAAAAGGAUACAGAAAAAGCUCCAAAGUCGGUGAAAGACAUGACCGAAUCCGAACGGAAGGAUUAUUAUGAGGAUCUGCAUAUUGAUCGGUUGUGCAAUAUAAACGUUCUUGUUAGUACUAGAAAUGCCGCUACGGCAACAACCCCAGUGUUGACGGCCAGUAAAGUAAAGGAACACACUAAGGAACAGCAGUCGAAGAAGAAAAAAGAUCAAACCAGAAUGGAACAUUUCCUAAAAGACGGUGAAACCGAUGGUAUCAACGACAUUGCGAUGUCACUCGAGCUAGAACACUCUGAUCCGGAUGCGUGCGAGAGCGAAAAGGAUGUCGUUGAAACGGAGGAACAAUUUUUGCAAAAGUGCAACGAAAAUGUUAAGCUGCAAUUAUUAAAUCAGUCAAGCAGCAGCAGCCGUAGCAGUAGCAGCAGUGAAGCAAUGACAGAAGAAGAUAGCUUGGAUGAUGAGAUGACAGAAAGGAGACGAAGCGGAUCGGCGCUGGAAGAUACGGAUCAAUCGUCCUCGAGUGUGCGCUCGUUGGUGGAUAAAUUUUUACAAAAGCAUGACGCAAAAAUAACGAAACGAAAGGGAAAGACACCAAAAGAAAAUGGUACUGUGGAGCCAAUAACCAAUGGUGAUUCCUUGGCGGAAAGUGUGGCUGAUGGUCAGGAAGAAAAUGAAACGGCCAAACAAAUGGAGGCAGAGAAGCACCCACUUCGAACUGAGGAGCUUGAGCCGAAUGAUGUGGAACUGCUAUCUGAUGAACUUGAGAAGAAUGAUGAGGAAGAUGAAGCUAAGAGUAAGCAAACAGUGGUGGACAAAAAGCAGAGAAAAAAAAGGAAACUAUUGUUGAAGGCACGCGCAUCCCAUUCCGAGCUAGAUACAUCAUCCACCGACUCCGAGUUGGGCGAACGGAUGCAUAACGGUCAACCGCAUAGGAAACGGCAAAGAAAGCCCAGAAAAGCACCACCAACGGUUGGGAAUGAGUUUGAUUUUAGUACACCGAAGAAACUGAGAAACGAAGGCAAAUCUACAGCAAUCGCUACUAGUGAAGGCAACGGUUCGAUACACAAAUCUUCCAGCACAAGUUCCUUGGCAAAAGCGGCCUCCUCUUCCGCACCGAGCCUAGAAUCACCUUCAUCCACUGUGGAACCGCCAGCAAAAUCUAAACCGGCGUCAAAAGAUGGUCAAGAUUGCAUUAGCCUUAGUUCGGACAGUUUGGACGAAGGAGAUUUAAUUGCGGGCGAAUUGGAAGACGGCAAAACACCGCCCGACAAGGAACCGAAGCGUCGCAUCCGUCCCAUGCUUACCAAUGACGAGCUGGCAGAGGAAACGAAAAAAGCACAGAAAGAGGAAGAGGGUCGUGUGGCGCGACUUAAAAAGAAGCAGGAGCAGUUGAAAAAGUUUCUCACCACCUACAAACCGGGGGUGAAUGAGAGUGACCUGGUGCUGGAUUACGAUUCUGUACGGCGGCAAGCAAUUUGCGUACAUCCGGACAUUGUGAAACUGCUCAAGCCGCAUCAGGUUGAGGGCAUACGGUUCAUGUACGACAAUACGUACGGUUCGGUCGAUGCGCUACCAAAACAUGAAGGAUCCGGAUGCAUUCUAGCCCACUGUAUGGGAUUGGGCAAGACGCUGCAAAUGAUUGCGUUGCUGCACACGGUGAUGCGCUAUCCGCAGCUGAUGACGGAGCGCGUGCUUGUCAUCUGUCCGAAAAGUACGGUAAUGAACUGGAAGGAGGAGAUUACGCGCUGGCAGGGAACGAUCUUCACCGGCUAUCAGAUGCGCGUGUACUGCUUUGGAGACGUUUGCUCCCAGAACGAAAAGAUAUCGGUACUGAGUCGCUGGUACUCGUGCAAAUCGCCCAAUUGUGGUGUGAUGCUGAUCGGGUACGAAGCGUUCCGGGCGCUGAUUAACUACGAGCGGCGGAAAGGUACGGAACGGAAGCGCAAUACGAAGCUGGAGUAUAUCAAGCGUUAUCUGUUGAAUCCGGGUGCGGAUCUGGUGAUCUGUGAUGAGGGUCAUCAGAUAAAAAACAAACGAUCGGCAAUCAGUGAGGCAGUGUCGAAAAUUGCCACAAAGCGCAGGAUUAUGCUGACGGGCACACCGAUUCAGAAUAAUUUAAAGGAAUAUUACUGUAUGGUGAAUUUCAUUAAACCGUCGUUUUUGGGCAGUGACAAAGAAUUUAGCAACCUUUACGCGAAUCCUAUUAAGAACGGGCAAUGUAAGGAUUCUGAUCAUCAGGCGAUUAAAAUCAUGAAGCAACGUUCCUAUGUUUUGCAUAACAAGCUUUCCAAGUUUGUGCAGCGAAAGGAAGCAGCAGUGUUGAAGGAGUUCCUUCCGGAAAAGUUCGAGUAUGUGUUAUUUAUUCCACUGACAGAUGUACAAGAAAAGCUGUACGAAAAGUUUCUACAGAUGAACGAGUACACGAACAACGAUAAUACCGGUGAGCCCGGAAGGACCAAGAAGUUUAAGCUCAUCGCUGAUUACACGUCGCUUCGCAAAAUCUGGACUCAUCCGAAAGUACUAGAGAAGGCAUGGGAAGCUGCUAAUUUGGAAAAAAAUCGCAAAGACGCAGCCCGUAAAACGGCAACCCCCGAUACGGAAGAUGAAUCUCCGGAUGAUAAAAACGACAUUGCGAGUGGUCAGCUAUCGGUGACGAACGAUUGGUGGCGCCAGCACCUUGAAAGUUACCAUCUGGAAUCACUGGAGCCAAGCAACAAGUUGUGGAUACUGUUCGAAAUUUUGAAGCAAAGCAACGAACGCGGUGAAAAGGUGCUCAUUUUUACUGCGUUCGUGUCGGUACUGAACAUGGUGGAACACUUCAUGGCGAAGAUCCACAACCAAAACAGCGAUCCGGUACAAUCGCAGGCUUAUAGGUACAACAUGUUUAAUGGUCCAUGGUGUCGGGGCCGCGAUUACUAUCGGCUGGAUGGGAAGACGCCCAAAUCGGAACGCCACGCAAUGAUAACGUCGUUCAAUGAUCCGCAAAACAAGCACACGAAAUGCUUCCUCAUCUCGGCCAAAGCGGGUGGACAGGGUAUUAAUUUGACCGGUGCGAACCGUGUAAUCAUACUGGACACGUCCUGGAAUCCGUCCAACGAUCAGCAGAACAUAUUUCGCAUUUUUCGUCUCGGCCAGAAGCGUAACUGUUACGUGUAUCGGUUAAUCGCGGCCGGUACGAUGGAGGAGAAAGUUUAUUCGCGGUCGGUCACGAAACAGGCGCUCAGCUAUCGAGUGGUGGACGAGCAGCAGAUUGAUCGACAUUACAGUUACGGCGAGCUGGCAGAACUUUAUACGCUGACGAAGGUGUCGGAAAUGGAUCGCGAAAUACCGAAGCUGCCGGCUGACGAUAUACUGGCGUCACUGUUUCGCACCUUCCCGAGUAAAAUUCAUAGAUACCACGAGCAUGAUUCGCUGCUUGAAAACAAACCCGAGCAGGAUCUGAGCGAGGAGGAAAAGAAAGAGGCUUGGGCAGCGUACGAGCGGGAAAAACAGAACAAUGAAAAUCGUUCUUUUCUGGCACAAUACGGUGCGACUACGACAGCUGCUGGUGGAUUGUUUGGUUCGUCCGCAUACGGUACAUCACUGGGAUCGUACUAUACCGGAAUGGGUUACGGAGGAAUGCCGGGAUUGCCUAUGGGGGGCGGGAGUAGCGACAUGUAUCGGACCGAUUAUUCGUACAACAGUUCGUUGAGUAGAGCAACAUCGUCUUACAUGCCACCGUUUGGACAACAAUUUUCAUCACUCUUUAAUGAUGCCGCCUAUACAACGGCACUGGCAAAGCUGUACAACUUAGCAAUGCCGAGCGCAACUGGAAUGGAGUAUGGGGCGAUACCUUCACUUCCUAGUCAUUCCAGUCCGAUCGGUAAUGGGCAAUCGAUGAUGCCACCAGGAGUUGGCGGUGGUCCACCGUCAGGCCAGGGUAGUUCACUUUCUAAAGCCUACAACUCGGUUAACGUUCUAUCGAACAUGCUCAACUACUACACCAGUAAGACUGGGAGUGGAUUGGGUGCAACACCACCUCCACCCCUACCAGAAAUGGCUUCGCAGCAUGGUAGUACAUCGGGCACCAACAAUCCCUUAAGUCAUUACAAUGCUUUGAAGCAGAUGAGUAGUUACGCACAACCAUCCAACUCAAAUCUGCUGCCACCCACUCCUUCGGUACGGCCUCCAACACCAUCAGGAUUAACGAUUUCCACGAUAAGGUCACUCCACGGUAGUAGUAGUGGAAGUGGUAGUGGUGGUAAUGGUGGUGGUGGCGGUGGUGGCGGUGGUGGCGGUGGCUUGAGUUACGAUUCAGCAAAGACUUUAUUGAGUCGAAUGAGCGAUCAUAUGGCUGUUUCACCGCAUGUUUCGGCCGGUGUUUCUAGUCCAUUCUCUCCACGCAAUGUACCACUGUCAUCGCCCACACUGGACAGUCAGACUAGGAAUAAUGCAGGACAUCCUCUAAUGCCUUCCCAGCCCAUACCAAUAACGAUGAGUAGCACAAAUGCUGGUCCCAACAUUAACGCCACACUAACAACAACUACUUCAAACAGCCAGUCUACAUCGGCAAUAUCAUUAACGCCAUCUAUCGAACAAAGUAUACGAACAAGUUUGGAGUUGACGAAUCGAUCCUCCAACAAUCGUUCGACGGCUGAAACUCCUAUGGAUAAUGUGUCCGGAAUCGUCUUGCGCUCAAAAACAUCCGUCUCGAUGGGUAAUGCUAGCACACCAGUAGCACCGACCAUUAUCCCGAGCGAUGAGGAAGAAUUGGGAGUUUCGCAAAAGGCACAGAACUCACCGGAAAAACGUGCGUCUGAAACUAAUUUCGGUAUAACGCACAAUACCCCGAAUCAGAACAGCUCUACAAACCCGUCAACCAUUGCCAACGCUUCCAACACUAGUGCGGAUCAGGGUGUAUCGAAAAAUAGUCAGACUAUCUGCAAUAAUAUGACGCAACAGCAGGAUCCUAAAGUAAUGUCUCCGAAGCCGGUAGCAAAACCUCAAGCUUCCCAAGCUGCUGCUGCUUUACCUCAAGCACAGUCGAACUCUAAUCCAAGUCGGAUACAAUUAGACCGUGCAAAUAGCUUAACCACACCUAUGAAACCGAAUCAAUCCUCGCCCACGAUUAAUUCGACUUCGUCCAUGAAAAAACAAACGAUACCGGUUAGUAAACCGCCGCUGGUGACAUCAAUGGCCCGUAGUCCUUUGACGAUACAGAAAACGACCCUUGCAACGCCUUCCAAAAAGUCAGUUUUACCAUCAGCAACGAUGUCAGGGAAAGCUUCGCCAGUGACAUUCGUACGCUCUGGAAAUGCUGCAGCUCAACGUACCUUGGGAGCUUCUUUGUCUAACAUAACGCUUUCAAAGGGUAUGGGUGUUGUUGUAACGUCCAAAUCGCAAGCAGCAUUAGCUGGCAGCACUACCAAUUCCACUACUAACACUGCCAUUGGGAAUGUUACUAGAACGAUACAAAAAUCUUCUUCGCUGACCGGCACAAACCAACAGCCACAGGCUCAAAAGUUGAUAAAUCCGUUGAACAUUUUAUCCAAACAGUCCAGCAUGGUAGGUAGUUUGCAGCCACCGGCUGGAAGAACCCUAACGAACACUACCACAAUAACACCAGUGAACUCGACUGUAGCUGCUGGUUCACCGAUGCCGAAACCGAAAUCCGAAACUCGUCCAAUCACACUCACGAUGUCGCCGAUGACACCGCCUGUUAAGACGGUUAACAAAACGAUCAACCCAACGGUUGGCGCCUCCAACAAGGCAACGUUACCGAAACUGCAACCGCCACAAAUUAUACAGGCAACCACCAGCAAAGAACUCUGUGAUCGGCAGAGGGAUGGUGGUGGUAUUUCAACUGCGCCCACUAUUCGACCAUUGAGCACACUGCAAAAGUCCGCAUCGACGGGGAAAAUAACUCCCGUCUCAUUGCUUUCAACGGCCAGCUUGACCGGAAAGCUUAAUAAUCCGCUCACUGGUGCUGGUAACGCUGGACCCCGAUUUGCAACUACAACGGUCAUGAAGACAGCCAUCGUUACACCUUCUGCAACUACAACCAGCAACAAGAUUCAGCACCAAACUAUUGCUGUAACAAAGACUAGUACCGGUUUAUCGUCAACCAUCAAUCAGUCCCGACCUACGAAAAGUCCUUUCACUAUGAAUGCUACUCGAACGAACGCAUCCACAGCUGUAACCUCCGCAACAAAAACAGGUCCAACAAACAUCAUCACAUCCGUAACGACACCAUCUCGAAUUUCAACUCCCGGUUCUUCGACAGCAUCACCACCGAUGACGGUUAUUCCAACGUCCGUAAACAUCUCCACUGCAGCUGUAGCAUCGCAGCGAGUGUCUGUCUCAGCACGAGGCGUAGUCGCAUCAUUCGCACCGACACUAACUGUGAUUCCGUCUACAAGCGUCGUUUCUUUGUCGCGUGUUCCCGCAUCAUCGUCGGCGAUGUCUAUUAUUCCCUCUACAAACAUCAUUACAUCUGCCGGAUUGCAGCGUACUUCUGUUUCUGGUUCUAGCUCUAGCAGUAGCGCAUCCACAUCCUCGAUGACUGUCAUUCCGACGGCAAAUGUGACUGCCCUGAGCUACAGCUAUAAGGGUGGCGCCAGCAAUGAUUUAAAGAUACAUCGAGCCCUUCCAUCGCCUUCCAUGCGACAGAUUUCAAAAGUGCCCCCAGUUGGGGUGCAUACACUUAUCAAUAAGGCAACGGCUCCAACCAGUACAGCUACUAUGACAUCGAUUACGCCAACUGCAACAACAAGAACAGUGCUGAAACCGAACGCACCGGCUGGGAACAUUAUACGUGUAGCAAGCGCUCCAGUUGUUGCGACCUCUAGUAGUGCCUCACUAUCCGCUGGCUUGCAAUCACCACCAAACUGUAUGUUUAUUCGUAAACGAGGUUUGGACACCAACACAACCACAACCAAUACGUUGGAUAGUUCCAAAGUUAAAAACGUUACCAGUUCAAUUUUUGAUCAGCAAAUAAUAAAGGGCGUUGGUAGUGGCAACACCAAUUCUCCAACUUCAACUGAACCUGGUGCACCUGCUAUAAAGCGCGCCAGACUUGAACCAACACGCACCGCCACUGCUCCCAACGAUAAAAUAUUACCAUCCAUUGCUGCGCUCGGUAUGGCGAAUCGUUUAUGUGGAGGAAUAAUGGUUACAACCAAAAAAGUACCACAAAGUACUAACAGCAAAAAAGCUGAUCCUACCGAAGUGGUAGUACUUGAGUAA